AUGACUAUCCUCCAGACCCACAGAGAGCUACUUAAGUUGUCUGAGGGUAUCGGCUUCAGGAUACAUUUGAUUCACAAAGCUGCUGAAACAGCAAAGAAAUUUGGGCCAAAAUCUUCUCAGAAAUUUGAUAUUUUGGUCACUACUCCAAACCGACUUAUCUAUCUGCUGAAACAAGACCCCCCAGCCAUUGAUCUCACCAGAGUUGAAUGGCUGGUGGUGGAUGAGUCAGACAAAUUGUUUGAAGAUGGGAAGACAGGAUUCCGAGACCAGCUGGCUACCAUCUUCUUGGCAUGUUCCUCCCACGUUGUCAAGAGAGCCAUGUUCAGUGCAACAUUCGCGCAUGACGUAGAGCAGUGGUGUAAACUCAACCUGGACAAUAUCAUAUCUGUAUCCAUCGGAGCAAGAAAUGCUGCAGUUGAGACGGUGGAUCAAGAACUCUUAUUUGUUGGAUCAGAGACAGGAAAAUUGUUAGCUGUGAGAGAUCUUGUGAAAAAGUUUUCUGUGCUGAAUCAACCUGGUAUGUUCAUAAAGCAGAAUAAAUGCAUCUUGAGGGAUGCAGAUGUUUUAGAAGAGGAAGGGACGAUUGCAUGUAGAAUCCGUUCUGUGCCGGGGACGAUUGCAUGUGGAGUCCUUUCUGUGCCGGGGACGAUUGUAUCUGGAAUUCUUUCUGUGCCAAGGACGACUGAAUGUGGAAUCCGUUCUGUGCCGGGGACGAUUGCAUGUGGAGUCCUUUCUGUGCCAGGGACGAUUGCAUGUGGAGUCCUUUCUGUGCCGGGGACGACUGAAUGUGGAAUCCGUUCUGUGCCGGGGACGAUU